AUGAAAAUCAUAUUACUCUAGGACUCUUUGAUGUUCGUAUUAAAUGCAAAAAUCAAUCACAAAAAAAUCAUAUAGAAAGUAUAAAAAAUUAUGGAGAAGAAAAAGCAACUAAAAUGUUUUUAGACAUAUUUCAAAAUUAA